AGAAAUGGAAUUGAAUUAAUAUCUGGAGGGGGUUGCGUCUGUGAGCACUUAAUGGACUGUAGAGCUACAACCUCUUAUCCUUGAGGGGAAGGUGACGGAGGGAAAAGUGAGGCUCGAUGACGGUGCGGCGAACUACCGAAGAAAAGAUGGAAAUAUCAAAUAUGCUACACUUAACAAGUAAUGCCAAAGGAUGCUGAUCUGGCUUUCAAAGCUGCCUUCUUGGAAGGAACAGAAUUCCUUUGUGCUCUGAUUUCGAAAUUAUUUCCCUGCUUUUGUGUUUCCUCCCUGAUAGAUACAAGAGGAAGCACCUCAUCUCGUAUUGCUAAAGGAAUAGACUACACAAAAAUGAGCCUCCAUGGUGCAAGUGGUGGACAUGAGAGAUCAAGGGACAGACGCAGGUCAAGUGACAGAUCUCGUGACUCAUCCCACGAAAGAGCAGAAUCUCAGCUCACUCCGUGCAUCAGGAAUGUUACUUCACCAACAAGACAGUACCAUUCUGAUCGAGAAAAGGAUCACAGUUCCUCUCGACCAAGCAGCCCUCGUCCUCAGAAGACUUCCCCUAACGGUUCUGUGGUUAGCAUGGGCAACAGCAGCAGAAACAGUAGCCAGUCAAGUUCAGAUGGGAGCUGCAAGGCUGGUGGGGAAAUGGUAUUUGUAUAUGAAAAUGGAAAAGAGGGAGCUCGGAAUGUACGAACUUCUGAACGAGUGACACUCAUAGUGGAUAACACCAGAUUUGUCGUAGAUCCUUCAAUCUUUACGGCACAACCUAAUACCAUGUUGGGCAGGAUGUUUGGAUCAGGCAGAGAACAUAACUUUACACGGCCUAAUGAAAAAGGAGAGUAUGAAGUUGCUGAAGGAAUUGGUUCCACUGUGUUCCGUGCUAUUCUGGAUUACUAUAAGACUGGAGUGAUACGCUGUCCUGAUGGGAUAUCUAUUCCUGAAUUGAGAGAAGCAUGUGACUAUCUCUGUAUCUCCUUUGAGUAUAGUACUAUUAAAUGCAGAGAUCUCAGUGCUCUCAUGCAUGAGUUGUCAAAUGAUGGUGCUCGUAAACAAUUUGAAUUUUAUCUAGAAGAAAUGAUUCUCCCCUUAAUGGUAGCCAGUGCCCAGAGUGGUGAGAGGGAGUGCCACAUUGUUGUGCUGACAGAUGAUGAUGUUGUUGACUGGGAUGAAGAGUAUCCUCCACAAAUGGGAGAAGAGUAUUCACAAAUCAUUUACAGCACGAAGUUGUACAGAUUCUUCAAAUACAUUGAAAAUCGGGAUGUGGCCAAAUCAGUUCUGAAGGAACGGGGGCUCAAGAAGAUCCGACUGGGCAUUGAAGGUUACCCUACAUACAAAGAGAAAGUGAAAAAGCGACCAGGUGGAAGGCCGGAGGUCAUUUACAACUACGUCCAAAGACCCUUUAUUCGGAUGUCAUGGGAGAAGGAGGAAGGGAAGAGCCGGCACGUUGACUUUCAGUGCGUGAAGAGCAAAUCUAUUACAAAUUUAGCAGCGGCGGCGGCAGAUAUACCCCAGGACCAGCUUGUGGUAAUGCAUCCUACCCCCCAAGUAGAUGAGCUGGAUAUCCUGCCCAUUCAUCCUCCACCUAGUAACAGUGAGAUGGAUACUGAGGGACAAAACCCACCCCUCUGAUCUAGACUCUGACUGACAGAAACGCAUGCUACUUUAAGUGACUCUGUACUCGACUCAUACUACACUGCAAUUCCGUUUUUCUCCAUUGUGUAACGGUGUUUAGGAUAUUGCAGUAUGGACCUUUGAAAGACCAAAGGGAGUACCUGGUUGUUUUUCUUUGAAAGAGUACAGAUCAAACAUCCUGGGGUUACAGUUGCAUCCAUGUAUGUGUUUACCAGUAGGUUUGUGACAUUGGUGAUUUGUCUGCUGGACUGUCCUUGCUCUUAAGGCCAUCAAAACCAGUGGGAUGCUGGUGGCUAGUGUACAUCAGUAUUGUUACACAGGGGUUAGAAUGCAGCAUUGGAAUUGAUAGUAGCACUUUAUAAAUGGUUGAUAAAUGGAAUUUGAAGCCAUUUUUUUGUAAAUGUAUUGCACAAUACUAACAAAGUGCUUCUAUCAAAAGUAUUAACUGUAAAUAGUUUUGCUCUGACUAGAUUGACCCUUUUAAAGUUAUUGUAUAUGGCUGAGCACAAAACUGCUUACAAUUGGGUUUUUGGAUUGAGGAUGUGAUUCAAUUACCCAUGGAACAUCUUGUUAAACUCGAAGUUCUUCAGUGAAUUUUUUCACUUGUUUGCAGCGUGAGCCAUGUUCAGAAAUUGUGAACAAUGGAUAGGGGCUUUAUCUUAAAUUUUGCCUUACCUUAAUUUGUUCACAAAUAUUUAUUUAAUACAUUUUUCAUAAGUGUCAUGAAAUAGGAAAAUGCAAAUGGUUCAUUCUUCAUUUAUUAAUGAUUGUAAACAAGUUUUUCAUGCAAAUAAAGUUUCCAUUAUUUUAAUGG